AUGGUUACAGCGCGUGGCAACUCAAAAUGGCCUACUCUGCCCCAGGAGAUCCGAGACACGAUUCUCGAAUACGUCCCUGGAAGGUUCGCAGGUAUAUGCAAGGACUGGCGAAGAGCCAUUGAGCCCAGAAAUUUUCGAACCAUCGAAGUCGAUUCAGAUGUACACUCGUUGAGCCAGCUGCGCGCUACCUUUGAUGAAAACCUCUUGAGGCAAAGCUACGUCAGAAACCUCUGGUUCAAGAUUACGUUACCGGAGCACAGCAUCACGAGCCGGUCGAAACCACAGACUUCUGAGGAGUGGAUGGCGGAGAAUCGUUGCUUCUACCAGGCCACACAUGACUUUUUGGAGAUCCUUUCAACAUGGCGAUAUGCCAAUAAGGCUGACUGGACAACAUAUCAAGGUAUCAACUGGGAGGUCAGUCUCUCUUCGCCAAGUGAUGUCGGUAAUGCGUGCGGAAUCGAAGGGCUCAUGGACAACUGGCGAGAGGGAGGGCGCUACGUGUUCAAUAGUGUUGAUCUGAAUACGAUAUACGACUUGCCAGCUGCUAACUGCAUCACCGGGCUGAGUAUACUGCGCCGAAACAUGCGCAGAAUCAGUUGGAGCUUUUUUCAUUGGAUGAAUCUCACUGAACCAGGUGUAGAUUUGGCAGAUGUAUUGACGAUCUGCGAAUCCUUUUCAAAGAUCCACGUCUUUGAGCAUGGUGACCUAUGCCCCUCCAAGAAUUGGCGCUUCUCCAGCUUCUCCAACAAUUUGACCGGAGCUCUAUUCAAUCGAAGCUUUGUAUUGGAGGAGCUUCUUGUCUGCAACUUCAUAGAUGCCAUGGACUUCUUUGAUUGCAUCAAGAGACAACCCAUGCAUACCGCACCACCCGUGUGGCAGAACCUGCGGGUUCUAACGAUGACUUCCCAGGGCAUUUCCGCCGGCGGGAAGCCCGAGUUUAUCAACGGUCUCAUUUCCGACGCUGGCAGAGCCGCAAAGCAGAUGCCGGCACUCCGUGUAAUGGAACUCUAUGGUGCCUGGCUCAAAUGUGCUGGGAUAUUCCGGUACCAGGUCGUAGGCAGCUUUGCCAAGAUCGGCUGGGCGAGCACGUGGGAAUUCAAGCUGGGAGACGAGUCGAAGCAGAUUUGGUGGGACGUCACGCAGCUCAGGGAGAACCGGCUGGUGCUCCAGUCCGUUGUCGAGAAGCAUGUGUAUCGUUACCAUGGCCCAGUCCACUUUAUGCACGUGUGGUCGGUGACUCGGAGCUUGGCUCUUCAUCCCUCUUCGUCUGCAGCUCUUGGAUAUCACAACCUCCCCGAUCAUCGUCGUCGCUUUUUCGGUGAUCGAGACCUUUCCUUGUAG